UCGAAGCGGCAGCCCAAUUUGAAAAGGUCUGAUGUCGAGGAAUGAAUUCAAACUCCCAUCUUCCGUUCCCAUCUAUUAUCAUUCUUCCUUCCCACCAUGGCCACGGCUGAUGCUGCCACGUCGAGAAAGUAUGUCCUCGCAUCGCGCGCCUCGCAGCUAGCGCAAAUCCAGACGAAUAUGGCCCUUGCAGCGCUCGAGGCACUCCCCCCACCAUCGGACUCUCCCAAGCCGACAUUUGCUACGUCCUUCAUGGCGACAGCGGGUGACAAGAAUCAGUCCCAGGCCUUGUUUCUCAUGGGAGGGAAAGCACUGUGGACCAAGGAGCUCGAAGUAGCAUUGAAGGAACGAGACGUGGACAUGCUUGUCCAUUCCCUCAAGGACGUUCCCACCGUGCUUCCGGAGGGCUGUAUCAUUGGCGCCAUCAUGGAGAGAGAGGAUCCGGUGGACAGUCUCGUCAUCAAAAAAGGCAAGGAAGACGUAUGGAAAAGUCUGGAUGACCUUCCAGCUGGUAGUGUCGUUGGCACGAGCAGCGUUCGUCGCGUCGCUCAGCUGAAACGAAACUUUCCCAAGCUUAAAUUUCUCGAUGUGAGAGGGAAUUUGAAUACCCGAUUGGCGAAACUUGACGCUGAGGAUGGACCUUACGCUGCCUUAAUUCUAGCCAAGUCCGGCCUGGUGCGCCUGGGAAUGGGUCACCGUGUUACAGCAGAUCUCACCCCUCCUACGCUGUACCAUGCCGUCUCCCAGGGUGCUUUGGCUAUUGAAAUUCGAGGUGAUGACGCUGAGGCGCUAAAGUUGUGCGAAGCGAUCACCCAUAAGGAAACUCAGAUCAAAUGUCUAGCAGAGCGCGCAUGCUUGAGGGUUCUUGAGGGAGGUUGCAGUGUCCCUGUGGGGGUUGCUUCCACCUUUGAGGACGGUGCUCUGACCUUGACGGGCUGCGUAACAUCGCUAGAUGGAAGCGAACACGUCGAGCAUACUCUGAAAGAGCUCGUGUCCUCUGUAGCGGAAGCUGAGGCCCUUGGAGCGCGUCUGGCAAAGAUUCUCAUUGAAUCUGGUGCCGGAAAAAUCUUGGAUGCUAUCAAUGUUGACCGAGAGAAGCGAACGAAGGAGGCAGAGAAAGCAGAGAAGGCAAAAUAAGAAAAUUUAGAGAGUGAAUUAUAAUGUAAAGUAGUGGCAGUGUAUUCCUUUGACAUGUACCCUCAUCACUA